AUGAUGGUUCGUUUGCGGCUUUCGAGGUUCGGAUGCAGAAACAAGCCAUUCUAUAGAGUAAUGGCAGCUGAUAGUACAAUCCCCUCCCGGAGAUCCCUCGCAUUUUAUGGAUUAAUUACCAUUCCUAUUAGGCUGAUUGCAAUUUGGGGUCAAGAUAAUGGUAACAGAAUGGGUCUAAAUUUUGAUAGAGUGAAAAUGAGUCUUGUUUCUUAUCUUUCUAGUUAUUUGGCUCAUGCAAAGUUUGUGUCUGCUUCAUUAGUUGCUGCUACACUCGAGAGUAUUGCAAAUUGGUGUUAUGGUUACUGCAAGAAACAUGACGUUGGUGUUAAUCCGAGAGCUCAUAAAGUCUUUUACGCGGGGUGCCAGGUAGCACACGCACAAGCACAACAUUUGAAUGAAGACCAUGUUACAGAUCCCAAAGCAUUGAUGGAUGCUAGCGAAGAUGUAAUUGUCAGACAGGCAGUAUAA